AUGGAUUCUCCAGAAUCUCCCAGCUCGGUCGGCGGCGGCGACGGCCCGCAAGCCGGAUCCCCCGGUUCUCAGAAGAGCGGAAUUCCGAGUGCCCCAAAGACCCGGACCACUCGAGGGAAAUACAUUUCCAAGGCCUGUGAUACCGAUGCACAAGCUAUCCAGUCUCUAAGGGAUCAAGUGGCUUCUCUGCAAGGAGGCCUGGAUCAGUUACGACGGCACCAGUCCCAGCAGCCGUCGGAAACCCAGUCAAGCCCUCUCCAUUGUGAGGUUGCACCAACAGUGCUCCAAGAUCUCCCGGUCCCAUUGGGCAAUCCGGAUGAUCAAGUAGUAGACCCAGCACUUCAACCGGACCCCAUUGUCGUAGAUGUUGAAUCCUCCACUAGCCAAGACGAGCCUCAACCAUCCGCCAGUUACACCUUCAACAUCAGUCUUGCAAGAACACAUCUGCGGGCACGGGGCAUCGGCACCGCCGAUCACGAGACCGGCGGGAUGCCCGGAUCUGUUAAUCCAACUCGUCCACCUUCACCAUCCAUCCAAACAGCCUUUGGGUUAGACGUCGGGUCAAUAGAUCCUUUGUGGCUAAUCAACGAAGAGGAAGCUGUAAGGUUAUGCAAUGUGUAUGAAGAAGAGAUUGGCAUUCAGUACCCCUUCCUCGACAUUGGGUGGCUUAUCGAACGAGUUCGAAGCCUUUACCAUGCCAUGAACAGCGGUUCUCGCCUUGGGUUUGCCUUUGCCGCAAUCCCAGGGCCGACAAUUAUCGACCCUCAAGAUCUAAGCUUGGUUAAGAUGGUGCUAUCUACAGCCUUGACUGUAGAAGCUGGAGGCUCAAGUCAACUUGGCAGGUCCCUAUUCCUCGAUGUGAGGAAAUCAUCACACGAUAAGCUCUGGGAAUCGGCGAGCAUCAAGUCGACUAUGCUCUACAUCUUACUCUCAGCAACCAUCAGCAAAACCUUCAAGGAUGCCGGGAAACGUAAGAUGGCCAUGCGGCUAUUCUGGUGUGUCUAUACACUGGACCGGCGUUGGGGCUUUGGCGCAGGGCUGCCCUUCGUGAUGCAUAACUUCGAUGUUGACCAGCAAUUACCAGAACCUGACCAAGAUGUUCCGUAUCUCAGAGCCAUGGUAGAGUACAGCCGAAUUGGCGACAAGGUUUGGGCGACAUCGUACAACUCAGCAAGAGCAACUGGUGCCAUCAGAGAUGACGAAAUUUCCUACCUGUUGUACCGCAUAGACCAAUGGUAUGAAGACCUUCCAGAAGACUUGAGGCUAUCCUCGAAUGAGCAGACGGCCAGUCCCAAUACGAAUUCUACGACAUCUAGAGGUCUUCAACGGCUACAAGUCUUGCUUCAUCUGCGAGCCAACCAGAUGAAGAUCCUUCUUCUUCAACCUUUUCUCCACUCAACAUCCAGUCUCAAGUCAAACAAAUCCAAGGUCCAGUCACUCGUCAACCUAGCCAAGGACACCAUACAGAUGCUCGACUCUCUUAAUAAAUCAACAGACAUCUACCAGAACCAACAAAUGUGCUUCAACCAUUUCCUCGUCUCCGCUCUCGGAGUCAUCUUCCUAGUCGUGGCGCUGUCGCCAACGGAACAUGGCGCUUCGGUCCGCGAUGAGUUCCACACCGCACUGGACUUGAUCAGGGGUCUCAGCGCCAGAUCCUACGUCUCAAGCCGACUCUGGAGGAGAAUAAGCGACCUGCGGCUCGCGUGGCGAAAGCUGGGAUUGAAUGCUCCUCAGUCUAGGGAAGCUAGAGAGCCUAGUACGCAACAGGGCAACGCGCUGGUCACGCCACCCACCUCAUCUGGAGGGAUGGACAUUCCACCUGGAAGCGUGCCGACAGGUGUCGAUGAUGGGUUGCGCGGCCCAGAGCUUGAUGCAUGGCCAGCGGGUUCGGGUGAGCCUUUCACCGAGGCUCAGAUGGCGCAGGAGCUGAAUGACUUUUUCAACUCGAUAGAUGGCGGGGGAGACUUUGGGAUUCCUUUACCCGUUUUGGGUACCGACGGAGACGGCCUCGACCCAGAGAGAGGUCCCGAAGAUGCGUUCCUUGUGGACGAUAUGAACGCCUCCAUGGAUGUGUCACACUUAUUUGUAGAUAUGCUAUGA